GUAACCAUUAGGCUACGCCUUUGGGAGGCAAUAUCCAGCACUGACGGAAGAAGGCACAGCGAGUAGCGUGCAUCUUCGUACGUCCCGUGUCCGUCGUGGGGGGAUCCCAAGAUGACUUUCCGAGACGGCGACGUUGUUCGCAUCCGCGGCUCAUCCGUGGUCUACAAGGUGGUCGCGGUGAACGGCAGUCUGGUCACCAUCCUGGUUUCGAAUCCGCAGCCCGACGGCCAAUACCUCCCUUUCACCUCGACGUCGAUACAGACAGUUGACGAAUCCAAGCUUGAGAAGGCAGACGAGUAUUGACCUGGCGGCAACUGCAUGGUUCAUGGGCAUUGCUUUUUCUCUUGCUGCAUUUCUUUUUCUCUUGCUGCAUUUCUUUUUCUCUUGCUGCAUUUCUUUUUCUAGAGUCUAAGGUCUAGAACUUGGCGGUGCUGAGAGAUUAUCCUGGCAUGAGGAUUCUGGUUCGUUGUUGACUGCGGCGCUGGAGGAUCGCUUUCGCUUCUCGAAGUCGUGGACUCGACAGUUCUUCGGGUCCGCCGGAGUCCCGGGCUUGCAUCGGCAAGAUUCGCGUCUUGCCUUAGCUAGAGGAGGGCGUGUACCUAACCAAACCCUGCUGCAUAACAUCAUAUCUAUACCAAUAGAAGCCUGUU